UUUCCAUCUCUCCCAUGAACAUACAAAAACACAAAACCCACCACUAGUUUGUUGGUGGUGCUUCACCAAUUGACUUGACAGACAUAAAAGAAGAGAAAGUCUUUACUUACAGAUCUGACAAUCAGAAAACCAACAAAAGUUUCUUUGCUUCUUUGCUCUUUGUCUUCUUCCUCUUCUCAGCAUAAAUCCACAUCUCCCCCCUCUCUUUUACCACAAUCUCUUUUUCUCUUUUCCUUUUGGGCAAAAAUCAAGAAACAGAGAGAGAGAGAGAGAAUCUUGUUAUCUAGGUGGGUUCUUGUUUUUGGGUGUUACCUUACUUUCUCUCUCUCUGUUUUUUAGCAAUGGAAUCUUGCUCUGUUCUUGAAGUAGACAUCAACGGAGAAGAAACUAUCUUUCUCAAUAAGCAAAUCAUAUGCAAGUAUUCUGGAACAUUGAAGAAACUGCUUGGGAAGUCUACUUGUUCUUCCAGUGGUAAUCUCAAGGUGAUUUUUAAUGACUUCCCUGGUGGAGCUGAGAGUUUCGAGCUUUUGUCAAGAUUCUGCUACAACAACUGUGAAUGGACUGUGAUGCCUUCGAACGUAGUCUUCUUGCAUUGUGCUGCUAAGUUCAUGGAAGUCACUAAAGUCUUGGCACAAACUGAGAAGUGUAUGGAGGAGAUUCGGUACUGGGCAUGGCCAGAGGUUCUUCUUAGUUUGAAACAGUGCCAAGAACUUGAAACAUCCUCUGAGGCUGAGUCUUUAGCCGUGAAGCUGAUGGAUGCGCUGGUGGAGAAACUGUGUUUAGCCAUUGAAGCGAGUCCCUCUAGCGCUGCUUGCUCGCCUUCGCCGGAUAGCAGCUUGUUUAGGUUCUCUUGUGACAGUAAAAGCACAGAGAGUUUCAAGAACAGCUCUUCCAGGAUAACAUGGUGGUUCGAUGAGGUUCUUGUUCUAAGUCCUGGCUUGGUUAAAACGUUCUUGAAGCUGAUGGUGUUGAGGAAGUUCGAUAAUGUUACCAUCACUAGGUUCUUGUUCUAUUACCAGAAGGUUAAGUUCUGUUCUGCGUCAUCAAAUGAGAAAAGAGAGAUUCUGGAAACGACCGUUGAUACUCUCUACGUGUUGGACCGAAGCUGUGUUCCUUACAAGAGUCUUUUCGGUGUUUUGAGGCUGGCUCUUGGGUUAAACAUAAACAAAAGUGUUAUGAACAAGCUGGAGGUUAUGAUUGGUCAGCAACUGGAACAAGCAACACUCGACAACCUCCUUGUUCCAUCUCCAUCGAAGUCUAGUCACUUGUACUAUGUGAAUCUUGUUCUUAGAUUCGCAAAAGCUUUCCUUGACGGAGGGAAAAGAGGAUCAUCACAGAUGAAGAAAGUGGCGAGGUUGAUUGAUCAGUACGUAGCUGAAGUAGCACCUGAUCCUUGCUUGAAGCCUUCAAAGUUUCUGUCACUCCUCACACUCGUUCCUGACUCAGCAAGAGAGUCUCAUGAAGAUAUCUACCGUGCUAUUGACAUGUAUCUUGAGGCACAUGCAGGAUUAACCAAUGGUGAAAGACUCAACUUGAUAAGAGCUUUGAGUUACGAGAAGCUUUCAGUCCAAUCAAGAGCACAUAUGUCGCGUAACACAAAGUUUCAGGAGAUUGAGACAUUAGAUGAUGAGCAGCAACAAGAACAGAAGCAGCUCGUACUCAGAGUGGAGAAGGUAGAGACUUCAGGAGAGAAUGAGAAGUUGAAAGAGCAUAUAGAAGGGAUUCAGUGGAGGGUGAUGGAGUUGGAGAGAGCGUGUUUGAAAAUGCAGACUCAGAUGGAAGUUAUCAAGAAGAGAACCAAGAGCACUAGCAGAGGAAGCAACAGAUCUCUUCCUAAGCUCUGUUCUUGAUUAGUGUUGAGAACUGAAGCUGUAGCGUUUAGCUUUACUACAAUGAUAUUUGUAUAUAUAGAGUGAUAAAAGAGAGAUCAUAAGAAGUCGAAUUGUAAUCACAGUUUGUUUCUUAUUUUUUCAAAGUAUUUUACUGUAUUUUGUUUUUUUGCUUGCAUUCACAAAGUUGUAAGAAAAAGUUAAUAUAAGUUCAUUGUAAUGAAUUGUAAUGAGGAGAGAUCUUUAUGUU